GGGAUGAUCUAAGAUGCUAGCUAAAAGGCUGAAUAAAGGCUUAAUCGAGCAUGAAGACACUGUUAGUUGCACGGUAAUAUACGAAAAUAACCUCAUCAAUUAGCAUGUUUCAGCCUAAUACGAUUACCUUCCAUUUCUAGUUAUCCUGAAGAAUUUCGAAUUCGGAGUUAACCCCCUUGUUCAGAUAAAGUAAUUGUAUUGAUGAGGCCAAAGAGAUAUAAGAUAGCUUAUAUCAGUUUCUAAAUCAUAGAGACUUGCGCAACUCCCUAUUUGAAGACAUCUGCAUUACCUCACGCAAUCUUAUACUACGCAUAUUACCAUUCUUACGAUGAAGCUUCUUCAGAUUGCGCCCACUCUAUUGCCAGUGGCUGUUGCCGCCCAAAGCUCUUGCAGCCAAUAUGCACAGUUCUCUGGCGGCAACUAUGCACUGAGCAACAAUCUUUGGGGACAAUCCGCCGGUAGUGGCUCUGGCUGUAUCACUGAGAUAUCCUUAGGCUCUUCCGCUGUGUGGUCGACGAACUGGAACUGGUCUGGAGGACAGAGCAACGUCAAGGGAUACCCCAAUACUGCUCUUAAUAUUCCAAACAAGCGACUUGUCAGCAGCAUCUCAAGCAUGCCCACUACUGCCCAAUGGAGCUACACUGGCAGCAGCAUCCGCGCCGAUGUGGCCUAUGAUCUUUUUACUGCGUCAAAUCCCAACCAUGUCACGUAUUCUGGAGACUACGAACUCAUGAUUUGGCUCGGAAAAUACGGAGAUAUUGGCCCCAUUGGAUCCUCUCAAGGGACAGUCAAUGUCGGUGGCUCAAGCUGGACACUCUACUACGGCUACAAUGGCGCCAUGCAAGUGUAUAGUUUCGUAGCUCCCGGCAACCUCACCAAUUGGAAUGGCGAUGUCAAAAACUUUUACAACUAUCUUCAGAAUAACAAGGGAUACCCUGCGUCAAGUCAAUAUGUCCUCAGCUACCAAUUUGGCACCGAGGCUUUCACGGGAAGCGGAACCUUGAAUGCCACAUGGUCAGCGUCUAUCAAUUAAAGAGGCGUAGUAUAAGCGUGGUUUAGAAUAUCAUUGGGCUGAGUUAAUUGUUAGCGUUAGCGUAUGAGGCAGAAAUGAAAAGGUUCUAUUCAUAUUAACUAUAUCCAGACUGUAUCUAGUACGUGACACUUAAUUGGGCCAUUGCUGAGCCAAAGACAUCCUGUGAUUGUCUGUUUUGGGGCGACGCACUACGAAGUGGUCGUUGAGUUUGGUCUAUCAGCUGCUAGAGGCAGUAUUAGAGCUGCUUGGAGACGGAGCUGUCACUGCUGUUACAGUAUCAUAUGAUAUAUUAGGUCAAGUACAUUGUAUUAUAGGAAUAAGUGAAACUCUAGAUUUAAAUAUGGAUC